AUUAAUAGAAUUAAUAGAAUUCUUUUAAUCUUGAGAUAUUAUCAUAAUACUGCCGUAUGUAUAAUAAUGGUUUCAAAAUCACUUUAUUACCAAUCUUUAAUUUAUAAUCUGCUUCCUCUAAUUUUUAUACUUACUUCUUUCAUUAUAAAGAUGUAUUAAACUGUAUUCCUAAAUCUUAUGUAUAAUGUGUUUAAAAAAUAUUGCAAUUAAAGCUUUUGAAUUAUUCUACCUAAAGAUAAAGUAUCAUUAUUUUAACAAAUUAUACUUAGAAGCUUAAAAUGUUCAAUGUUUACGUGAAUUUAUUUAAUUUUAUAAUUAAUUCAAAUUUUAAAUAAAAAAGCAAUCAUAAUUAUCUAUUAUACUUGGAAUGUUAAUUAUACAUUGCAUUAUACAAUAAAUAUCUUAUUAAAAUAAAUGCUUAGAUUGUGCAUAUUCACAUUUGAUUUGCUUUGUGCAAGUAAUAACAUUUUUUUAAUUUAAAUAAGAAAUGCAUGAAUUUUUUUAAGUAGUAAAUUGAAUUAUUUAAAAAAUUUAGGAACAAUUUAGUGAAAAGAAUUAUGCAGUGAAGAUUUAAUAAAAACAUUAUCCUAACAUUCCAAUUAUUAUAUUCUUUUAUUUUUAUAUAAAUUAAUAAUUGUAAUUAUGAAUUAAUUAUAAUGUAUACUUAACAUUCGUCAUAUAAUUUUUCUAUGUGUAGAAUAUCAUAUUAUAGAGUAUAAAUGAACAUAUAUAUCUCAAAAUAAAUAAUAUAUGCAAUGAUAUAAUUCAUAUAUGUAAUUAUUUCGAAAGCGAAAACGCAAUUCACAUGAUAUGUUUUCAAAUUUCGUUAGAAAUCCCAAGAUAAUUUAUAGCAAAAGCACAGAUUGAUAAGAGCAUGAAUUAAAGAUAUAGACACAUACAUAUUUUACUAUCUUGAGUUUUUCUAUAUAUUAAUUAUGAUUAUUUAUGGUUAUUUAUUAUAUUAAUUACGUUUAAAACUACAAAAACAUUAAUUAAAUACAUUUCUUUCGAAGAAAGGUAUAUUUACGUUAGUAUUAAUAUGAAUAUGAUAUAAAAAUAAAGUAAACGACGUAGGAUAUUAAGAUAUGUAGAAGAACAUUAAUUUAACACUAAUUUAACAUUACUUUUAAGUGUUUCGUUCGAUUUAAAUAUUUUUUAAUCGGUGGGAAUAUUUACAAACAUAAUAAAUUAUAUGCUGCGAUUAAUUUCGACGAGUUUUAAUUAUCACAGUUCUGGUACUGAUUAGUUAUUGUUAUUAUUCCAUCUUGUAAUGUUCUUUCUUUAAAUAAAUAUAUAUAUAUAUAUAACUUGCAAAUAAAAUUGUCUACGGUCAAUGAUUAUUUUAGUUACAUUUUAUUGGAAUGUUUAGUAAAUAUAUUUAAUCAUAAUUAUGUUGUAUAUAAUUAAGCAAUUAAAUGAAUUAAACUGAACUAAAUUGGCAUAUUAUUACGUUCGUAUACCUGUUACAUUAGCGAUUAUUUAAUAAAGCGAUCAAUCGUGUAAUUCUAUCGAUUCCUUGAAUCGAUUGUUCUAAAUUUUAAUAAAAAUGGCUACUUUGAAGCACGCAUGUCAAGUGGGUUAUUGGUGUUGAUAAACAAAGAAUUUUAAUAAAACGGCUACUAAAAAGUUUCGUUGUUGUCUGUCGACUUUUAUCGAUAUAAAAUUUCGAAAAAUAUCGGAACGGUGUUAAAAAAUCGGCAAUUACGACGGAGUGUCAAAACAGUAGUGACAACGUCGAACGUGACGUUGAGGUUAUGGACAACUUCGUCAAGAUUGAAAAAAUAGGGGAAGGGACCUAUGGGGUGGUUUAUAAAGCCAAAGAUAAGUUAACUGGAAAGCUGGUGGCACUUAAAAAAAUUCGUCUUGAGACGGAAAGCGAGGGUGUCCCAUCCACUGCUAUUCGGGAAAUAUCAUUAUUAAGAGAACUUACACAUCCAAAUAUUGUUCAAUUAUUUGAUGUGGUAGAUGGUGACAAUCAUCUUUAUCUUGUUUUUGAAUUUUUACAACAAGAUUUAAAAAAGUUAUUAGAUUCCGUGAAAGGAGGAUUAGAUCAAGCUCUCGUCAAGACAGGUCUCUUAUGUUUACAGAGUUAUUUGUUUCAAUUAUUGAAAGCAAUUUCCUUCUGCCAUCUUCAUUGCAUUUUACAUAGAGAUCUAAAACCACAGAAUCUGUUGAUAGAUCGGGAAGGCCACAUAAAAUUAGCAGAUUUUGGAUUAGCCAGAACAUUUGGUGUUCCAGUUCGAACAUAUACUCAUGAAAUAGUAACCCUUUGGUAUCGAGCACCAGAAAUACUUUUAGGAACUAAAUUGUAUUCCAAUGCAGUAGAUGUUUGGAGUCUAGGUUGUAUAUUUGCAGAAAUGGCAACUAGAAGAGCUUUAUUCCCAGGCGAUUCAGAAAUAGAUCAACUUUUCAGGAUAUUCCGUACAUUAGGUACACCUGAUGAGAAUAUUUGGCCAGGAGUAUCACAGUUACGUGAUUACACAUCAAUGUUUCCAAGGUGGGAACCUCGACCUCUAGACGAAGUUGUACCUUCCUUUGAUUCUGAUGCCAAAGAUUUACUUUUGAAACUUUUGACUUAUGACCCUAAUCAGAGGAUAACAGCAAAAAAAGGAUUGAGCCAUCCUUAUUUUACUGGAGUUACAUUAGUUCCACCACCACUGCCAAAGAAAACUUGAUCUAGAUAUAUUAUUUCCUAAGUUACUAUGUGUUUUGUAAUUCUUCAUACAAUGUAAAACUGCCAAUAAUAUAAUUGUUAAAAUUAUAUAUUUUUGGAAUCUUAUAUUAAGCUGUAUUUUUAAUUCCGAUAUAUUGAACGCGUCUUUUUUUUUUUUUUAACAAAGAUAUAUAUUUUGAUAUGUACAUUAAAAAUCAUUUAUACAUA